GAAGCUCCUCGUCCCGGCCGCGUUUCCAGGCGGAGGGAAUCCGCGCGGCUUGAAGUUCUGCCUGUCAGUUUUGCUCCAUGUGAAAACACUAGAAAUCCAGAAUUCAUGGUGAAUCUAACAACAAGCAAGUCUGCCAAGAAAAUGGAAGGGAAACAUAUUAUGGAUACAGUUUUUGUUUCUAGUUUUCCAAGAAUCUGUUGUAAAUGACGCCUAAUAAAUGCUGAGCGACAUACUUUGCUUCACCGAAAUGGUGGACACAGAAAGCCAGCUUUGCCCCCUCCUUCCCUUAAAGGAUGAGGAUCUUGGUAGUCCUUUAUCUGAAGAAUUCUUACAAGAUAUGGAUUCCAUACAAGAGCUCUCACAAUCUAUAAGUGGGGAUAGUUCAGGAGCAUUAAGUGUAACAGACUUCCAGUCACUGGGAAAUGGAGCUGGGUCUGAUGGAUCAAUCAUCACAGACUCUCUCUCGCCAGCAUCCAGUCCCUCGUCUGUGAAUUUUUCCACAGUUUCGGGUAGCAAAGAUGAACUGCCAAGUGCAUCGUUAAAUAUUGAAUGUAGAAUAUGUGGAGAUAAAGCUUCAGGCUACCAUUAUGGAGUCCAUGCUUGUGAAGGUUGUAAGGGCUUUUUUAGGCGAACAAUCAGACUAAAACUUAUAUACGACAAGUGUGAUCGCAACUGCAAAAUUCAGAAAAAGAAUCGAAAUAAAUGUCAGUACUGCCGUUUUCAAAAGUGCCUUUCAGUUGGAAUGUCUCAUAAUGCGAUUCGAUUUGGACGGAUGCCAAGGUCAGAGAAGGCAAAGUUGAAAGCUGAAAUUCUAACAGGUGAUCAUUGUAUAGAAAAUUCUGAAAUCGCAGAUCUUAAAUCACUCGCCAAGAGAAUUUAUGAAGCGUAUUUGAAAAACUUUAAUAUGAACAAGGUCAAAGCCAGACUCAUACUUGCAGGAAAAACCAGCAACAAUCCACCAUUUGUUAUACAUGAUAUGGAUACAUUGUGUAUGGCAGAGAAGACACUGGUGGCAAAACUGGUAGCCAAUGGAAUACAAAACAAGGAGGCAGAAGUUCGAAUUUUCCACUGCUGCCAAUGUACUUCCGUCGAAGCUGUAACAGAACUUACAGAAUUUGCCAAAUCCAUCCCUGGCUUCUCUAACCUAGACUUGAAUGACCAGGUGACGCUAUUAAAAUACGGAGUUUAUGAAGCCAUUUUUGCCACAUUAGCCUCUGUAAUGAACAAAGAUGGAAUGCUAGUAGCCUACGGAAAUGGUUUUAUAACUCGAGAAUUCCUCAAAAGUUUAAGGAAGCCAUUUUGUGAUAUCAUGGAACCGAAGUUUGAUUUUGCAAUGAAAUUCAAUGCAUUGGAGUUAGAUGACAGUGAUAUAGCUCUUUUUGUGGCUGCUAUAAUUUGUUGCGGAGAUCGCCCUGGCCUUGUAAACAUAAGGCACAUUGAAAAGAUGCAGGAAAGCAUUGUGCAUGUACUAAAACUUCACUUGCAGAACAACCAUCCUGAUGACAUCUUCCUUUUCCCAAAGCUUCUACAGAAAAUGGCCGACCUCCGACAGCUUGUCACAGAACAUGCUCAGCUUGUUCAGAUUAUCAAAAAGACUGAAUCUGACGCACACUUACAUCCUUUACUACAAGAAAUCUACAAGGAUAUGUACUAAGGCUGUUUUUUGUUUUGUUUUGUUUUUUGUUUUGUAUGACGUGAAAAUACAAAAGCAAUAGAUGGGAGCAAACUACUUUGCACACUUCUCUCUGUUGUGCUUUUGUUUCAAAGCAUUAGUGAGCUAAAAGGUAGGUAACUGCAAUAUCAUAUUUUUCUUGCCAGGAGUUAUUUUUAAGUACUUAAGAGAAACUGUAUAGUAUGUAUAAAAAAUGGCAAUAAGCUGUGAUUGACUUGAAAUUUGGGCAACAGUGGUAAUAUCAUUUAUAGUACAUCUGAACUUACUAACAACAUACACUUCUUCUGAAGUUUCUGCACUUUUAAGCCUUUCUCCCAUCAUCUUCAUUACUGUAAGAAAGCUAGGAGUUUGGGCCAGGAUCCAAAAGCUUUUAUGUGAUGUCCAUUAAAGCUUUAACAGUGUUUCUCCAA